UCAGAGGCGCGACAAAAUCUAGUUCAAAGUGACCAUCACUCGCGGACGCCCAAGCUCGUCUCAGCGCCCAUUUUCGGGCCUCAGAAUCGGGAACUAAAAAGUCGAAAAAGUUAUGGGUGCUCGCUGAAAUCGGAACGGAUAGUCCGUCGCGUUAGUCUCUCGGGAAAGUUUGGUGAUAACUUCGGAAGGAUGCCACCGCGACCUGAAGAGGAGAAUUUCAUAAGGCGGAGGGCCAAGAGUGUCACCCAGGCGGAGGAAAUCCAACAGAUCGAAGCGAAAGUUCGUCACUCGCAGCCGGAUAAACCAUGUCACAAACCAAGGGACUCACUUUUUUCCUGGGCUUCCGGCUUCAGAAACUUCUCUGGGCUGAUAAAUUGGGCAUUUCUACUUUUGUUCAUGGGAAGUGUACGCCUAUUUCUGGAAAAUCUCAUCAAGUACGGGAUCCGGGUCGACCCUCAGCAAUGGUUCACUGUGCUGCUCGAUGAUGCCGCUGGAAGGCAUCACCAUUUCCACCCGUCUCUUAUUCUUUUAAUUUUUACCAGUGUCCCUGUCAUGUUCUGUUUACUCAUUGAAAAAGGGUUACACCAGGAGGUGAUUCCAAAUCGAGUCGGAAUGACAGCUCAUGUCGUGAACCUGAUGGUUUUAGUUUUGACGCCGAUAGUGGCUCUGCAGCUCUACCCAUCCUACUUCAGCUUGGUGGGCGCAUCCGUAGUGUGUUUUGCAUACUCAGUGAUUUUUCUCAAGUUAUGGUCUUACGUUCACGUAAACUCAUGGUGUCGCGAAGAUUAUCAGCUGAACACCGUCAACAAAACCAAUGUACGGCGUCAAAGUUUGUCCGUCAACAAAUAUGCUUUGUCAAAUGGGAAGAAGCCACCGAUUAGUCCACCAUCCCUCAACUCCCUGGUGCACUACCCUCAAAAUUUGAACAUCCGAGAUAUUUCCUACUUCAUUUUGGCACCAACCCUAUGCUAUGAACUGAAUUUUCCUCGAACGGAUCGUAUACGCAAAAGAUUCCUGGUGAAACGCGUUCUGGAAUUACUGGUGGGUAUGCAGGUGAUGGCUAGCCUCUUCCAACAGUGGAUCAUUCCUUGUGUUAAAAAUUCUCUCAUUCCGUUUUCGAACAUGGAUGUCGCAAAAGCAACUGAACGACUUUUGAAACUUGCAAUUCCAAACCAUCUAUUAUGGUUGAUCUUCUUUUAUCUGAUGUUCCACUCAGCAUUGAAUGUGGUUGGAGAAUUACUUCAUUUUGCAGACCGUAACUUUUACUCAGACUGGUGGAAUGCAAAUAACAUCGACACAUUCUGGAGGAACUGGAAUUUCCCCGUUCAUCAAUGGGCUGUCAGGCAUUUGUACUGUCCACUCCUAAAAUUGGGAUUCAAGAGGGGUUCUGCGACAUUUUUUGUUUUCUUCACGAGUGCAUUUUUCCACGAAUACAUGGUCUCUGUUCCACUACGCACUUUCAAAGUCUAUGCCUUCAUGGGAAUGAUGUUCCAGAUACCUCUUUCAGUCUUGUGUCAUAAAAUUGAGAAGAAAUUCGGGCCGCCGUGGGGAAAUAUCAUCGUCUGGUCCUCAUUGAUAAUGAGCCAUCCCUUGUGCAUAAUGACCUACUAUCACGAUUACAUCAUAACGCAUUUCGGAAAACGGUUGUUGGAAGAAUUCAGCUCACUUUGAAUUUAGCGUUUUUCUCUCUUGUUUCAAUCCCGCAUUGUAAAUAGUUGUUAAUUAUUUUUAAAUACUUUUUAAAACAUUUUAAUACAUAAAAAAAGAUCGUAUGUAAGAAGAAAUCGGCAUUUACAUGUGUGAUGAUAACUAAAACAAAUCGUACCUGCAAAAAUUCAGUUCCUUUGAGUGUAUUUUAUGGAAUCAGUUUGAUCAAAUGUUUUACGUUUUAUAGGAGUAGCAUACAGAAAUACUUGAGCAUACAUUUACAAUCUAUGUAUAUAAUUGGUGGUCUUAGUUAAAUAUGCAUGAGAUUUGAAAAGCCACGGUGAUCAUUAAAAUGUCCAUGUAAAAUAUGAUGGUACAGAAAACAAAAAUUUGAUGAUCUUUGCUCAUUUUCUAUAUGAUACUAACAUCAUUUCAAAAAGAAAUAAACUUAGGAAAAAAAAUUAUAUAUUAUGUUAGUUUAUUCAGAACUUUUUUAGUCAUACCUACACUGUGAUACCUAAUUUGAACAUUUUACGAGGGUAUUGUUAUGAUUGUGAAGAAUGAAAUAGGAGCUGAAGGAAAAAUGUUAAUGUUUAGAUUUGAAAAUUUCAUUAAAACUUGAACCAAGUGAGUAGUCCUGUUAAACAAAAAUUGGAAAUUAUUUUAAAGCUCAAUGAUUGCUCAGCACAAAAAGUUAUAGUGUUCAAACCACCUUUUCUAUUUACGAUGGACUUUUUUACAUUAGGAUGGAGCUGAAACAUUCCAUAAGCACACAGCAUGCCAUUAGCAUACAUUUUUGCUUAAAACAGGAGAUUUUGAUCCAGUAACGUUAAAUGAGACAUAGGAGGGGAAUGGGAAAGAGAAAAAUGGCAUAUAUUAUCAAAUUAUAAUCUUCCUCCUAUUUCAUCUGUUGGUUUUCUAUAUUAACCACAUUCAUUUUAAAAAAUUUUAGCCUGUUUUAAAUGUUUAUUUUCUUGUGAGAUGUUUUUUAUGUACCGUUUUCAAGACUGUUUAGACGUUUUUAUGCUUGUUUGUACAGAGUUAUAGGAAUCUAAGUAAGAAAAUUAUUUUUGAAAUUUAAAAUUUUAAACACAAUGUAAGUGUAUUAAGAUUGAAUCUCAAAUGUUCCGAAAUGUGUGUUAUCAAGGAUAUUUUGUAAAAUUUUAGAAGUUUCCUUGGAUAAAGUACCUUUUUCAAGUACAUGA